GUUUUAUCCUGCUAUCCUGCUAUCCAUGAACGACACGUACUUCAUGGAAAUGAAGUGAGCGGGAGUCUGCUGUGCAGUACAGCUCCCGAAUUCCUAGUCACCACCAUGGCGGACGGCAACGGCCGCGGCCCCUUGGCCCUCGAGAGCAACGAUCUCAUCCCGCUUCCCACCGGCCACCGCCAAGGACUCGCAGGAGUCGCCGUCCUGGCCUUCCUUUCGUUUAUCUCUUCUGCGGUGGUGCUGUUCUAUCUGACCUUCAAACUUGUGCGAUGGCACCUAAAGCAACGGAGGCACCAGAACGCGGCCCAGAGAUCGGCCCCGCCGCCGGUUGACCUGUCCCUGGGACUCGCAGAGCGCCAUUUGAUGGGUGAGGACAUCAAACACCCUCCUCCCCCAUCGACUGCCCAGCGGAAGAAAACGUACCCCAACCAGUUUCUGGUCCUGGUCUACAACCUCCUGCUGGCUGAUCUCCACCAGGCCGCCGCUUUCCUGCUGAACGUCGUCUGGGUGGGGGACAACGGGAUCACGGUCCGGACAUCUGCAUGCUGGGCUCAGGGCUGGCUGGUUUCGACGGGGGACCUGUCGUCGAGUCUGUUCAUCACCGCCAUCGCUGUGCACACGUACCUGGCCGUCGUGUGGCGCUACACACCGCCGCAGUUGGCUGUCUACGCCACCAUCAUUGGCUUAUGGGUGUUCAACUAUCUCAUGGCCGUCCUCGGGAUCGCGAUCACGGACAAUGGAAAGGUGGCGGGAGGCUUCUAUGUCCGGGCCGCUGCGUGGUGUUGGGUCAACGUCCGCUACGAAAGGCUCCGUCUGUUUCUGCACUAUCUCUGGAUCUUCAUUGCCUUCGUGGUAACGGCCAUCCUGUACCUCCUCAUUUUCUUCUCCCUCCGGAGGCAAGACAAACGGCCCGCGAAUUCCGGUUCCAUCUCGGACCUCCCAGCAACGUCCGACUCGCGCACCAACAUCACCGGCCCCGCGGAUCCCUCUUCCUCGUCCGACUCGGCCAUCACGACCCAUUCCAACCCCAAAGCGUCCUCCCACGUCCACACCACCACCACGAUGGCGGGAUCUACGGCUCCCGGCCGAGGGCCAGCCCAGAGCGGCGGUGGCGGCCACCACAGAGGCUUCCUGCUCUACCCGCUGAUCUACAUCCUCUGUACGGCGCCGCUCGCCCUGGGGCGUGUCGCCACCAUGGCCGGCGCCGACGUGCCCAUCUGGUACUUCUGCCUCGCCGGCGCGCUGAUCACGAGUAACGGCUGGCUGGACGUGCUGCUGUGGGGCGUGACCCGGCACCGGCUUCUGUUCAGCGCCGCCGUCGACAGCGAAGAGUCCGGCCUGGAUACCUUCACCUUCAUGAGGACGCCGUCGGAGAGGAGGUUUGGGAAUAUGAUCUGGGUCGAGGGCGGCAGGGCCGGGGAGGAUAGUGCUGGGGAGGAUGGCGGCGGCAGCGGUGGUCGCGAGAGGAGGGGAGAGGGCGAGGAAGGUGUUGGGCUGGGACGGUGGGUCAAGAGGCGGAUGGGGUGGCGGCCUCUGUUUAGCUUUGGUGGUAGCGGUGGAGGAGGCGGAACGGGAGGGGAUGCCGGCGCGGCUCAGGGCCAUGCCCGGGACGGGAGUAGAGGCGGGGAGGGGAGGGAGGAGGGCAUGGCCAUCCAGAUGGAUAUGGUCACUACCGUUGUGGUUGAGAGCGCGGAAGAACGGAGAAGAAGUAGAGCCGUUGGGAGGAUGUACUCGGGCCAAUGAUGGGCUGGGAAGGAAAGAAAAAAUUACGUUUUGGGCGGGUAGAUGUCCUAAUGGAGAAGACCGGCGUUCUGGUGGGAAGGUUGUCGAUAUACCCUGCUCUCUAGAUCACCAUUCUUGGCCCGGAGCAAGCCCCAAGGCAUGCGAAGGCCCUUUGGUCAGGAGUCUGGAUAGGUAGCUUAGCCGAUACGCUCAAUCCUACUCGUAGUCUCUGGACCCCGCAGCCCUGUCAUACCCAUCCUAACCAUACCGCCGGGUCCGCCAAGGGAAGGCUGGAGAUAUGCGUUGUUCUAUGUAAAAGUUUGCAAACUCGUGCCUAUUCUUUUUGAUUUGCACUCCCUGCUAGAGAGAGUUGGGGCAGAGGCUUUCCGGGGCCGACGCACACUCAGGUC